AUGGGCCAGACCAGAACUAGGGAAGUGGGUUGGGAGGGCCAGGCAGGAGCCCACACCGCCCCACAGGGGCCCUUCCUCCUGCUCCCGAGAUCAGCUCUCCCAGUGCCCCCAGAGGCCUGGUGCAGCCCCUCCUGCGGGGCUGCCUCCCUGUGCCUUCCCGUGGCUGGUGGCUGCCUUCGGCAGUCUGGGCAGCUUUACCUGCAGCCGCCUGUGGGGCCCCCACCCCGCCCUGCUCCCCUGUCUCACUGCCUGCCCACUCCAGAGGCCUCUGUGUCCAAGAAGAAGCGCUUAUGUGUGAAGCUGGUGCCCCUGGGUGCAGCCGACACUGCUGUGUUUGACGUCCGGCUCAGUGGGAAGACCAAGACGGUGCCCGGGUACCUGCGAGUGGGGGACAUGGGAGGCUUUGCCAUCUGGUGCAAGAAGGCCCAGGCCCCGCGGCCAGUGCCCAAGCCCCGCGGCCUGAGCAGGCAGGAGUGGGGGACUGCGGGGAGUCCGGCACUCAGUCCCUCCUCCGGCCUCUCUCCAGCCAUGGAUGGGGUUCCCUUCACGCUGCACCCACGAUUCGAGGGCAAGAGCUGUGGCCCCCUGGCCUUCUCUGCCUUCGCGGACCUGACCAUCAAGUCGCUGGCGGACAUCGAGGAAGAGGUGGGUACCAGGCUGCAACCCCCUCCCCCAGGGCGCCUCCCGCCG